ACAAAAUAAGCAGCUUUUGUCUAUGAAUAAAGGCAUCCACACGGCCGGAGGCAUCCUUUUUCUGAGGCGGCAAUGGAGCACGACGGCGCCGGCGGCGGUGCUGCCCCUGCAGGCGAACUCGAGGCGGUGCUGGAGCUGGAGCAGGAGGAGCUCAGCGACUCGGAGUCGGGCUCUGAGUCCAUCGAGAUCUCCGACCUCAAGAGGCGCAUGUGGAAGGACCAGAUACUGCUCAACAAGCUCGAGGGCCGCGCCGGCGCCUUCAGGACCGUGGCGGGGCCGUCCAGGCCGCUGGUGGAGGCGGCGGACGGGGAGGAUCCCGAUGUUCGGUGCCGUCGCAAGGCGAUGCUCCGGGCACAGGACGGCGUCCUCCGGCACAUGCUCAAGAUGAUGGAGGCCUGCAACGCUCGCGGGUUUGUCUACGGUGUCAUCGACGAGGCCGGCGAGCCCAUGUCCGGCUCCUCCGACAGCCUCCGCGGCUGGUGGAAGGACAACGUCAGCUUCGACCGCUCCGGGCCCAUGGCGCUGACAGGCCCCGCCGGCGAGAACCUGCUCGGCCUCGCGUCAUGCCUCCACCAGCUCCAGAACAUCCAGGACAGGACUCUGGGGUCCGUGCUCUCGGCGCUCAUCCAGCACUGCGAGCCGCCGCAGCGGAGCUUCCCCCUAGAACGCGGCCUGGCGCCACCGUGGUGGCCGACCGGGCAGGAGACCUGGUGGGGAUCGCAAGGAAAGGUCCAGGCUGACCAGGGUGUGCCGCCGUACCGGAAGCCUCACGACCUCAAGAAGGCGUGGAAGAUCAGCCUUCUCAGCGCGGUGAUCAAGCACAUGAGCCCGCGUUUCGACCAGAUGCGCAAGCUCGUGUGGCAGUCCAAGCGGCUGCAGCAGAAGAUGAGCGCCAAGGAUACGGAGACGUGGUCCAAGGUCUUGCGGCAGGAGGAGCUGCUGAGCCGCCGGCUCAAGAGUUGGCCGCAGAUCACGCUCCUCGACGACGACGGCGGCGGCGACGGCGACGAGGAGGUGCAUGCCAGGGACCGCGACGUCGUCCUGGAGGACGUGGUAGGGCGCGGGCACGACAAGCGCAAGCGCGAGCUGAUCAGCACAAGGGACAGCAGCGGCCAAAGUAGCGGGGAGCUGGCCGUCGUGGUGCCGGAGCUCGCCGGCCUGGUGGCGGAUGAGAGCUGGAGCCCGAUCGACGAGCUCGUCAAGCUGUACAACAGCUGCGUGCCUGAGUUCGGCGGCCAGCUGGGGAACGAUGGCGUGGCAGUGGUGCCUCCCGGAGAGCUAGACCUGUUGGGCAUCGAUGAGGUGCCGCCGGACGUGCUGUUCGAUCUCAUCGGGAGCUGCUCGGGAGUGGAUGACGUGUUUCGCCGGAUGCAGGAGUGACGCGGCACGAUGGUCCACGCGGCGCUAGGGGAUAGGCCGCAUUGGACGGGCAGCAUUGAGGUGGCGUGGCGUGUUGCUGAUAGAUGUUAGCUAUUUGAGUUUGUCUAGGUACUUGUUUCUUACCUUCCAUUUCUUCAGAGCUUAUCACAACGGGGAAGUGUGAGACUGUGAGACUGUAAUGCGUUCGAUAGUUAAACUAAU